AUGGCUGCCGAAAGCGCAUCCUGCUGCCUCUCCUCUGCCCUGGCUGCUGCAUCCCUCCUUGGCGACCUUCUAGGCCACCUAAACCUGGAGCUAGCCCUCCUCUUCCCACACUUCCACCUUAACACAUCGGGCCUGGCCCCCUUGCAACGCCGCCUCGCCACUCUGGAGGACAUGCUACCCAUCCCUUCAGCUCACCUCGCCAUUGCUCUUGCUUUCUUUCUCGCCAUCACUUCCCAACCCGCUCUCUUCUCCACCACGGUGACCUUCCGGCUCGGCCUCCCCCCAACAUUGACUCCCUCGUCCCUCCCCAUUCACUCUCCUUUCCCUCUCUUCCACUUCUCCUGCUCCUCUUCGACCCUCAACUCCCCUCCUUGUCUCACACCCACCAACCCCACCCCUCUCAACCCUAUUAACCUUCUCACCCGUCUCACCACUCUCAUCCAUUCCACCACCAUCCCACCCGCCCCUAUCACCUUUCUCACCACUCUCACCCCUCUCGCCCCUCUCACCACUCUCAUCCAUUCCACCACUUUCAACCAUCCCACCCAUCCCACCCAUCCCACCCACCCCUCUCACCUUUCUCACCACUCUCACCCCUCUCAAGACUCUUGUCCAUUCCACCACUUUCACCUAUCCCACCCAUCCCACCCACCCCUCUCACCUUUCUCACCACUCUCACCCCUCUCAAGACUCUUGUCCAUUCCACCACUUUUCACCCAUCCCACCCAUCCCACCCACCCACAUAAGAACUGCUGCUGUCAGUUCACAGAAACACUUCCUCUGCACUCAACCGCCCUCCUGUACCCUACACCACUCGCCUUUUCUCUUUUCUCCAAUCGCCCCUUCCCUCCUUCCACCCCCGCUCCUCCACCCCCUUUCUCCCAAUUCUCCUCGCCCUUCCCCUUCCUCUCCCCCCUCGCCAUGCCCCAGCUCUCAUAUACACCACCACACGUGAUACAGCCGUCCCCCACCGCCACUGGAAGCCCAAACUGCCGCCCCACUGCCCUCUGCCGCCCCACUGCCCUCUGCCGCCCCACUGCCCUCUGCCGCCCCACUCUGCCGCCCUACUCUGUCGCCCCACUCUGCCGCCCCACUCUGCCGCCCCACUCUGCUGCCCCGGACCCUCUGCCGCAGAGGGCACGAAGGUCAAGAUGGUGCCCCGUGGCCCUCUCCUCCUGCAGCACGUCUCUUCCCUGGCCUGGCGCCGUGGCCAUGAGCUGCACCACCACCACUUUUCCCCGGGGCCGAGACAGCAUCAAGCAGAGAGGGCAAGAAGGACGAGACGGCGCCCCCAUGGCCCUCUCCUCUCCUCUCCUCUCCUCGUCAAGCACGCCCCUCUCUGGCGCGCUGCACCACCACCAUUUCCCCCUGGCGCCGAUCUCCGCAGUAGUCGGCAGGGAAGGCGGCGGAGAGGAAGCGGUGCAGCAGCCAGCACAGCACACCCCGGGAGCAGGGAGGAGGGAGCAGGGAGGAGGGAGGACGGAGGAGGGAGCAGCAAGGAGGGAGCAAGGUGGAGGGAGCAGGGAGGAGGGAGCAGCAAGGAGGGAGCAAGGAGGAGGGAGCAGGGAGGAGGGAGCAGGGAGGAGGGAGCAGCAAGGAGGGAGCAAGGAGGAGGGAGCAGGGAGGAGGGAGCAGCAAGGAGGGAGCAAGGAGGAGGGAGCAGGGAGGAGGCAGCAGCAACAGUUGCGCGAGCAGGGAGUUGUGAGCCUCCCUCUCCUCUCCCUGCUCGCUCUCCUUUCUCCUCCGUCACCUCCUCCCUCCUUUCCGAUUACCCCUGUUCCUCGUCCUCCCUCCCUUCCUUCCCUCCCUUGUCUCGCACGCUCACUGCUUCCCGUGCGCCCAGCACCCACCAUCCCACCCCUCUCAUUCCCCCGCACUACCAGCUCCACACCAUUCCCCCGCACUACCAGCUCUGCCUCAAGCAGGGAGGGUGCAAGGGGGGGAGGAGGGCGCAGGGAUCGCGGGGGGGGGCGCGGAGGGCAAGAAAGUGCCCAUGGCCCUCUCCUCUCGUCUCUUCCUCCAGCACGUCCCUCUGGCUCUGCGCAUGGCAAGAAAGAGCCACUAACAGCUGCUGCUCCAGCUCUGCUCCCAAACUCUGCCCCUGUCUCUGUCUCUGCCUCUGCCUCACGCAGAGAUGGCGCGGGGGGCGUGGAGGGCGACAAGGUGCCCAUCUGCACCAUCAUCCCCCUCCACAACCAGCUCUGCCUCGAGAGGGGAGGGCAAGGAGGGCGACAAGGUGCCCAUCUGCACCAUCAUCCCCCUCCACAACCAGCUCUGCCUCGAGAGGGGAGGGCAAGGAGGGCGACAAGGUGCCCCAUGGCCCUCUCCUCCGGCAGCACGUCUCUGUGGCGUGCGCGGUGGUCGGCGGGGAACGCGGUGGAGAGGAAGCGGUGCAGCAGCCAGCUAUGA